CCGGUCUUUGCGUUCCACCGUGGUUACGCCCCCAUACUGCACUGCGCAGCCGUAAGCAUGUCUACGCGAUCCAAGGUGGUCCUUGGAAUCUCGGUCCUCCUGUCCGGGGCCACGGUUAUUGGGGUCCACAUUAAGCAGAAGCUGGAUAGAGAGAGACUACGUGAGGGUGUUUAUCGGGACAUUGAAAGACAGAAUCGUAAACAGGAAAACCUCCGUCUCUUAGAGGAACAGAUUAAUUUGACCAGACAGCUUGAGGCUCAACGUGACAAAAUGAUCUUAAGUGAAAGGCCGAACAAAUCUUAAAAAUUGCAGAAGCUGGCAUGUUAAAAAAUUCAACAUC